AUGGCUUGGUAUCCAAGUCAUCCCGACUACCAGUACCACUGGAUUCCCGCUGCGGCUACCACUCUCCUUGCCCUCUUGAUGUUCGUGCUUGGCAAGAAAGUUACUACUAAGAUCAGCUUCGACAUCUUGGAGCAUUGCGAUCCAAAGUACAUCAAGGAUUCUUCCAAGAACGCGUGGACGAACCUUGGUGUGACGUCGGCUCUGGUUUUAACCAUGGUGAUGGCCAUGUUGCAGGUGGAUCCCAUUUCUCCCGUGGGCUUCGAAUUGGCCAACUACGAGCUUAUCCACGUGCAGCAGUGGUAUGUGGCGCUUUGCAUUGCCUCCUUGCUCUUCAACAUGCUGUGCAUCAUUGUGUGCGUCCUGAACCUGAGCUAUGUGGAUCCUUUGACAGAAUUGAAUGCCUUGAAGUUCUUCCUGGCAAAUGCAGACACCAUCGGAGACCCAGUGAUUCUUCUGACCGAGUCAUUUAUCUUCUUCAUAGCCGCCAUUUGUGUGUGGUGCUUGGGCUCGUAUGGUUUGGCCAUAGGUCUGGCGAUGCUUCUAUCAUCAUUUGUCUUUGUCGUCUCGACAGGCACUGUCUGGAAGAACCGUGCGAAGUUCAGCCCGGGCAGCGUAGAGUGGACGCAAGACACCAGCAUGUGGCGUCGAGAGUACACCACUGGCGGAGUCAUGUCCAACAUCAACAACGAAAGCGUUGUGAAAACCAUCAAAAGGUUUGGUGAGGUAGCCUUAGAGAAAGAGCAGGCGCAGUCAAAGGAUUCGUCCGAGAGGGCCUCAGAGUGA